AUGGCUGAUCUGUCGACGACGCUCCCCCUCACCCGUGACUCGGUGGUGGCAGCCCACGAGGUCGUCAAACCCCACAUCCACAAGACGCCCGUGCUCACCAACCGGACGUUGACGGAGCUGGCAUCGACGCCGCGUGACCUGCGAGGGACGCAGUGGGAGGGGCGCGAGCCCGCGAGGCCCGUCCUGAGGCUCUGGUUCAAGUGCGAGAACCUGCAGCGGAUCGGCGCGUUCAAGGCCCGCGGCGCCUUCCACGCCAUUGAGCGGCUCAAGCUGGAGCCGGGAUGGCUCGAGGGUGGUGGCAAGGAGAAGGGUGUUGUCACUCAUAGCUCUGGAAACCACGCCCAGGCUCUCGCUCUGGCGGCCAAGGAGAGCGGCAUCAAGGCCCACAUCGUGAUGCCCGAGAUCUCCAACCCGCUCAAGAUUGCUGCGACGAGGGGCUACGGGGCCAACGUCAUCUUCAGCGGGAGCACCAGCGUGGAGCGUGAGGCCAUGGCGGACAAGGUCAUUGCUGAGACUGGGGCGCGGCUGGUGCCGCCGUACGACCAUCCCGACAUCAUGCUCGGCCAGGGGACCUUGGGCCUGGAGCUGCAGCAGCAGGCGCGGGACCUGAUUGCCGACGAGGCCCAGCACAGCUUCCGCGCCCCGAAGACGAUAUCUUCUGGGAGCGGUCGGGAGAACAAGGGGCUGGAUGCCAUUAUUACUCCCUGCGGUGGAGGGGGCAUGCUCUCCGGGGUGGCGUUGAGCUGCGAGGGCACCGGCAUCAAGGUCUUUGGCGCCGAGCCGUCGUUCCAGGGCGCGGAUGAUGGGAAGCGAGGGUACGAGUCCGGCACCAGGGUCACGGCGGUGUCGAGCCUGACCAUAGCUGAUGGCCUGCGCACGCCUGUGGGGGCUCACCCGUGGAAGGUCAUCUACGAGCGCCGGCUUGUAAGUGGUUUCUACAGCGUGACGGAUGAUGAGAUCAAGGCGGCGAUGAAGCUGGUCUUUGAGAGGUUCAAGCUUGUCGUGGAGCCGAGUGCAUGUGUCGGAUUGGCGGUGGCCCUCUUUGAUGAGGAUUUCAGGUCCAUGGUAGAGCGAGAGGGCGGCGAGGCUGGCUGGGAUCUUGGUAUCGUCUUCAGUGGUGGGAAUGUUGGUCUUGGUGCGGUUGGGAAACUAUUUGAAGCCUGA